AAGCGAAAAGGAAUUGCUGUAACUGUGAAGAACGUGUUCGUAAACAAUUAUGGAAAGACGAACUGCUCGACUUUGGAUACACAUAUAGCUAGGACUAUUGCUAUACGGAGAUAAAUUGAUACUAAAGUGCGUGAUCCCAAAAGUGUUCUGCUCUAAACAGCCGAGUAAAAUCUAUUCACUUAUGGCGUGGACUGUCUACAUUUGUGCUUAGGCUAUUCCAAACAGAACCAUGACCUACCGCUUGCUUUCAGCCUUGGGUGUUCUAUUGGGAAUUGCCCCAGGAGGUAAUGGAACCAGUGGUUUCCCCGCUGCUGACUUGGAAACGUGGAAACGUGGAUAAUCAAGAAGUAUCCAGAACUUAUUUGUUUAAGGUCUUGUAUGAUAGUAACAUGAAUCUCUUUUUCUACUUUAUUAUUUCUCUUGUAGUGGCCUGGCUCAUAUCUGAGAGACGCGUAUGUCUUGGAUCGCCAUUUCUUUUUGAACUCGAGGACAGUGUGAGAAGUACAUACAUAAAGUUGUACUUCUUGAGAAACCGGAGAGAGAGGAUAAUUGCAACGGGCACAGAGAGUUUAGACCCCCAGUAUCCAUUUAAGGACAACGGACCAUAUAUACCAGAAGUAACGGAAAGGCAUGAAGGGGAAUAUUAUUGGGCAGUAAAUAAUGUUCGUAGCAAAUAUAAACACAUCAGAUUAAUUCUUAAAGACUGCAGCACUCAUAAAUAUUUGGAUUAUGGUGAGGAACUCAAACUGGAUGUGCCGAGGGACGCUUCUGUGUUGGAGUUCACCCCUUUCGACUCAGUUUCACGCUGGGUCUUGUGGAGCCGGAUAAAUGCAAAGAAUGAAAGGGGAGCCAGGGGAAUGGUUGCGCUUGGUCAAUGGAGAGCAGAUAGGAUGACCCCAGCUGAUGUCGGCAGCUACAUUUUACGCAGGGAAAGUGGAGGCCAGAUCUCCCAUACAGUGGUCAAAGUUCAAGCCAAAACAGAAAUAGUUGAAGUGGCUGAUGUAGAGAACUGGAAUACCUUUGUUCACAUCCCUACACACGAGGUUGUUGUUAGUUACAUCACGCCUGCUGCGGACCAGAGCUAUACCAUCUUCCAGAACGGCUUGGAAACUGACAAGGGUUUCAGCCUUUUCAGGGAUCGCAUAAGACUGGAUAAUUCGUGGGCUGGUCGGACAAAAUUCGGCAUUUGGAAAGUGCAGCCAAGUGACGCAGGACUAUUUGAGAUCCGCGACAAGAAGGGACAUCUGGCCAUGUCCAUGGAUCUAGUCAGAGGAGAAGAGUUUGACUGGAGCAGUUUAAUUAUGCCCCUGGGUACAACUGCUGGUGUCAUAGCGGGGCUGGUGUGCUGUUGCUGGUGCUGUUGCAAAGUCUGUAGUGACAGUGACGACAGUGACAAUGCUGCAUCCACGGCUGUUUCGCCAGACACUGAACCUCCUGUCCAUUUCCACGUUCCUCCCUCAACCCUGAACCCCUGGGAAAGCAGUCCACCCCCAUAUGUUCCUGACCUUGUUCCCAGUCCAGUGAUUCCUGUUGCUCCAUUCAAGGCUCUAGAUGAAGGCUCUGGAGGUGGAGCUCUUGGAGGAGCAGGAGCAGGAGGUGGUGAUAUUGUUGCCCCAAGUGCACCCCUUGAUCCUGGGCUGCGGUACCAGCCGAGAGCCUGGGGUAGUGGCCUGGAUGACUUCCUGUCCAGCUCUCCUCUCUGCUUGGACACCACCGCUGCUGACAGCAGCACCUACACCUCAGCCAAGCUCAACUUCUAGACUGGUUGCUGUUGAAAACAAAACAAAACUUUCCUACAUGUAGUACAUUCUCACUUCACCUAUACACUGAGUGAAGGCCUGCCAACCUACAGUAGAUGUACUUUAAUAUAAAAUACAUCUCUUAUGCAGUUUAUCAGUUUUAAAUUAUGCACAUACUGUAGCUGGUGAUGCCUUAUGAUUUUGGCCAGAUAAUUUCAAGAUGGCGCAUGGAUAUUAGGCCAGUACAUUUUGGGGUAGUCCUGUACAGGUAAAUCACUGAAAGCAUAAUCUCCAUAGGAGAGGUAGUCAUUGUUAUUGCAACUGAAUGUUUAAUCAUCAUGAGGAGCAGAUCAUUCCACUCGUAUUUAAAAAUCUGUCCUGUGUAUAUUGGGGAAAAAAGAAAACAGCACUUUUCUUCUGUCACACGCACGCUAUUUGCUUAUCCAGCAAAUGACGAUGUCCACAGAUAGACAAGGAAGAGAAUGUAGAGAUUUUAUGAAAGUAUGAUGCCAUAUCCGCCACCCGAUCUGGUAAACUUAAAUAGUUAUAAACAUACAUAGAUAUAUACUUUCUAUAUAUCAGAAAGUAAUGACGUAAUACUAAAUGAGAAGCAUUUUCCCAGUGAUGUGUAAAAGCAAGAGGGCUACCCAAAACGCUCCAUUAAGGUUGGCAGGUCUGACACAUAUCCAUACGUGUAGUAGUACCCGAGAUGUAAAAGUCCGGCUUCAGAAAGUAAAAGUAACUGCCAUGUAUUGGUUCUACUUAUGUGCUUAGCACAGACAAUUUCACUAACUAGCUGAUCUACCUGGCUUAAGAGUUGUGCCAGUUAGAAUCAGCUGAUUAAGUGAAUGGCUGGAACAAAAAUGUGGCAGAACUUCUACUCUUUGAGGCCGGACUUUAACAUCUCUUAGUAAUAGCCUCUUCAAAACCUGUGUGCACUGCGCCUUCUCUACUUCUGUGCUGGAGCUGAUUUGCAAAUACCACUUUUUCUAUGUGUUUUUUUUGUUGUUGUUGUUUAAAACAGUCAAAAUGGCAACAGAACGUGAAGAUUUUUUUUAAUGUAAUAUCUGUGUUCAGCGUUGCCAAGGUAUCCAACAAAGCUGCUACUACUAAACAGGUUAGCGCCCUGUUCUGACCAUCUGCUAGUUGCAUGUUCACUUUGUAUAUCAAUGCAAAUCAAUGGAAGAAUGCCUCUAAGAUUUUCUAAGGUGCAUUAAGACAACUUAAAUCCUACAAAGUCUGUUUCAAUUCAAUCCAAAGGUCCAAUCUUUUUUACUGACCUGUUACUGUGUCUGUUGUCUUUUAAGCCUUUCGAUGGGUAAUUUUUCAGGUCAAGUUGGUCUGUCGUAAUAUGUUCAGCAAGAGUCUUUUCACAGGAUUGCCUUUUGUUUUGUUUUUGUAUUUUUAUGCAGUGUAAUCAUACUGGAAUUUCUUUUCAACUUUUUAACAUGUUUGAAUAUGAAUAGGUAAUUUCAGUUACAACAAGAGUGUACCCAUAUAAGAUAUUUACUGAAGUGCCACAGAUUAUUGUAAUGCAAACAAAGAUGAAUCUCUGGGAAACAAAAACUACCAUCGUUUCUGAUGUGUCUGGUUGUAGAAGUCAACGACUUCAAGCAACACAAUGAUCAAACUACCUUCAACUCAUUCUGCUGCUGCACUGACUUACAAUAAAGGAGUCUCUGAUACUGUGUACCUGAAA